UAUACAGUACUGUGCAAAAGUUUUAGGCAGGUGUGAAAAAAUGCUGUAAAGUAAGAAUGCUUUCAAAAAUAGACAUGUUAAUAGAUUAUAUUUAUCAAUUAACUAAAUGCAAAGUGAGUGAACAGAAGAAAAAUCUAAAUCAAAUCCAUAUUUGGUGUGACCACCCUUUACCUUCAAAACAGCAUCAAUUCUUCUAGGUACACUUGCACAAAGUCAGGGAUUUUGUAGGCAUAUAUUCAGGUGUAUGAUUAAACAAUUAUACCAAACAGGUGCUAAUGAUCAUCAAUUCAAUAUGUAGGUUGAAACACAAUCAAUAACUGAAACAGAAACAGCUGUGUAUGAGGAAUAAAACUGGGUGAGGAACAGCCAAACUCAGCUAACAAGGUGAGGUUGCUGAAGACAGUUUACUGUCAAAAGUCAUACACCAUGGCAAGACUGAGCACAGCAACAAGACACAAGGUAGUUAUACUGCGUCAGCAAGGUCUCUCCCAGGCAGAAAUUUCAAGGCAGACAGGGGUUUCCAGAUGUGCUGUCCAAGCUCUUUUGAAGAAGCACAAAGAAACGGCCAACGUUGAGGACCGUAGACGCAGUGGUCGGCCAAGGAAACUUACUGCAGCAGAUGAAAGACACAUCAUGCUUACUUCCCUUCGCAAUCGGAAGAUGUCCAGCAGUGCCAUCAGCUCAGAAUUUGCAGAAAACAGUGGGACCCUGGUACACCCAUCUACUGUCCGGAGAAGUCUGAGUAAAAUGAGGAAGAAGCAGAAUGUCAGGAACAGAAAAUCUGAGGAGACUCCUGUGGUUCAAGAAUUUGUUGUGGAGAAGAUCAUAGAAAGGCGUGUUGUAGAGGGGAAAGUUGAAUUCUACCUGAAGUGGAAGGGAUUUACAGAUGCUGAUAAUACUUGGGAGCCUGAAGAAAAUCUGGACUGCUCAGACCUCAUGGAAGAAUUCUUGAACACCCUGAACAUCUCACCGGAGAUAGACAAGACCAGUAACCAACAGCUGGUGGAGGAGAACAAAGUGGAAGAAAGCAGUAAAGAGUGCCAGGCAGACGAACCCCAGGAGGCCAAUGAGAGUGAGGAGGCCGACCAGCCAACAGGGUUUGCCAGUGGAUUUGAACCAGAGCUCAUCAUUGGAUUGUCGCAGGUGACACUGAACUAUGAACGAUCUACAGAUAGCAGAGGGGAGUUAAUGUUCCUGAUGAAAUGGAAGGACUCGGAGGAGGUAGAGAUAGUGCCAGCCAGAGAAGCCAGUGUAAAGUGUCCUCAAGUUGUAAUUGCUUUCUAUGAGGAUAAACUUACCUGGCAUUCAUGCCCUGAAGAUGAACAGCAAUAAAACCGUCUUUCUUGGCAGCGCUGAAAGGUUUCACAGGAGAACAUUGCUUGAUAUAU